AUGCCACGCCCUCCUGAAGACCGUGUUCAAGGCCGCAAUCGCCUGGUUCGGCCAACGCACGGAGUUUCGUACCCCUGCUACGUGCUCCGUGUUGAUAACGUAUAUUUUGAAAGUUGUUGUCGCCGUUUCGACACCGAUCUGAAUGUGGGCAACGAUUCCCCACCAACGAACGCUCAGAAUAUACAAGCUCCCACGUACAACGAGCUAUUCGAUCUGGCCCAGUCGCUGAAGUCGCGGUUGGAGUUGUUGGAAAAGAAUGCGGGUAAUGUUGUCACGACGCAGCCCCAGACACAGCCAACCGGAAACUCUGUGCCACACACGUACAGCGAUUACCGAAUGUUGCCGGAUCUGAACCGAACUGUGCCUGAAUUCACCGGCCACGAAUCGAGCUGCGCAGCCGAAGACUGGUUGAGCAACGUCGAUGCUCUGGCUGGUAUAAACAAUUGGUCAAUACCAUACCGACUGCAAUUCGUGAAAUCGAACAUGACAAACGCGGCCCGUAUCUGGUACCUCACGGAGGUAUUCAUGGAUUGGUCCGAUUUUAAGGUGAAGUUCCGUUCCGCCUUUGUCCGUACACUACGUAUGACGGACCUUUGGAAGGCGCUGAGUGAACGUCUGCAAGUUGAAACUGAGCACAUAGCUCACUACUUCUAA